AUGGGCAUCAUAACCUCCCUCUUCUCUCUAUUCGGCCCCGGCGCCGCCCUCUGCGCCGCCUGCGAGACCCUUGCCGUGAUCUGGCCGCGCGUGCGACUCCGGAUGACGAACGACGCGCCGCUGACACGGUUCCUGCACGCGGCGCGGGGGAGGCCAGCGUGGGCGUUUGUUGCGGGCGCCGGGCAGGAGCCCGUCGCGCGGGAGCUGUGCUUCGGGCUGGCUGCGCGCGGGUUCAACGUCGUUCUGUACGGCGCUGGGUCGGGCUGCCGCGGCGGGAAAGCUACGAUGCAGAGACUGCUGGGUUUCCGGGCGGAGCUGCUGAAGGCGUACCCGGAGAACAAAUACCGCGUUGUGGUUGUGGAUACGGACGCACAGGGCGAUGCGGUAGAGGUGUUUGCGGCGAGGGUCGGGGAGUCGCUGGAGGGUGCGAAUUUGACUGUGCUAAUUGAUUAUGUUGGCGAUGCUGAUGAUGGCAUGGUCUUGCCGCAGUUGAAGACUGUGCUGAUGUCGCUUCUUAAGCGGAAUGUGCCUGCGCUUGUUAUUAACGUCACCUCUUCGAUAGCUAGUGGCGGCGAUGGGACACAGUCGUGUUAUUCGCACAGGGGGUCUGGAUACCUCUCUCAAGACGGUGUUAACGUUGUUUCGUGCCAUAUAGACGAUGUAGCUGUCGGCUAUAAGGAGAAAUUGCUGUUCCACCGUCCUACACCGCGGGCACUAGCCGAGACAGUGCUACUGCAUGCGGCUUCUAGCAGUAGGAACGCUAUUGUAUACCCCUAUUGGCCACAAGCUGUCUUGCAGAUGACGCGGAAGACGUUGCUAGGAAUGGCUGCGGAUCAGUUCUUGUCUGUUACUCAGGGAGAUGUACUAAAGAGAUAG